AUGGGGAAUAGGUACGUGAAAGGAGUGCGGGAAGAGCAGCCCUCAGAACAUGAGUUACUUCCUCAGCGUGCAGUUGAAAGGUUGGUGAAGGAGUUGUCGUCUCUGACUGAAAAAGCGACACAUUCACUAGUGCAGAAUGACCCCAAAUAUUUCAAAGAGAAGAUCACCUGUUCUGAGUAUUGCAAGAGUAUUCUCUGUGCUAGUAUGAUGAAAAUAACCUUAGAGAUUGAAAGCAAUGGAUUCAAGUUUUCUUUUCGAGACCUCUUCAUGGGAAACAUUAUGUUGCAUGGCAUGUCUGGUUUCUCGGGUUUCUACAAACUCAGAUGAUGGCUGGAGAAGAUUCUCACUGGGCAGAAGCCAAAGGGAGGAUGCUUUGGAGCACCUAGUAAGGAUUUUAAACACACCUCUGCAGUGGCAGACCAAAAGCAGCUGCUGAUGAGAGUUAGCAGAAGAGAAAAGUUGUUUGCAGAGCACGUAGUUGGAGAAAGAAUUUUCAGAGCUGGGCCGAGCUUCACGUUCAAGACCAAGGUGGAGCUAGUAUUAGACCUAGACAUCAGCAUGCACAUUCCUUUCGUGGGGGACACCUGCCCUCGUAUCACAGCAUUUGCAGAAUGCCUGAAAGCAAGGAGACAACUACCCGAGCUCACCAUCAGCCUCCCGCAGGCCGUGCAGGCAUAA